AAUUAACAUGAUUUUAUGAUUUAAUGCUACAGAAAAAGAUAGUGAUCGAGAUAUCAACUUGCUGCGAGAAAUGCAGAGUUAAGGCUAUGAAAACAGCUGCGGUAGCAGAUGGUGUGAUUUCGGUGGCAUUUGAAGGAAGUGACAGAGAAAAAUUGAUAGUGAUCGGAGAGAGGGUUGAUGCAGCCUGCUUGACAAGGGCUCUGCGAAAGAAGGUGAGUUAUGCAAAUUUAGUAUUAGUAGAAGAGGUUAAGCCGCCGGAGGAGAAAAAGCCUGAUAAGCCAGAAGAGAAAAAUCCUGAUAAUCCUUGCAAUUGUUGUCAUGGAAGACCUAAUUGUGAAUUGGUUAAUGUGAUUGUUGAUCCAAAUCCAUCUACUUGCACUAUCAUGUAGAUAUAUAUUACCGGCUUUGAUUAAAUUGAAAUGUGUCUUCUUACCAUUUCUUGUAAUA